UGCAAAGUUGCAUGGGAAAGACACUCAUGACAUCCUGCAUAUGCUACUCUUUAUCCAAAAAUGGGCGACCUCGUAAUUCUUCCCGGCAAAGGGAGUGAGGAGGCUAGUGUGCACGCGGAGAGCGGCCCGAGGCGACAAUGCUGGGAGUGUGUACGUCGGCGACUCGUGUGUGAUUAUGGGAAGCCGUCAUGCAAGAAGUGCGAGAAGGCUGGCGUAGACUGCCCUGGGUAUAGUGAAAAGAAGCCCCUCAAAUGGGUAGCCCCCGGGAAGGUGACUUCCCGAACCCGACGGCGGAAAAGUCCUCCUAGGAAGAAAGAGAAUCCGACCAAAGAGCAGACGCAUGAUAUCAAGCUUCUAGAAAUUGCCGGCAAAACGUGUGUAGAAUCGAUCUCUGCUGCAAUGUUGAGGGUCGAUGAAACGAGUGCGAUCGUUCACGCGAUACACUACUACAACACCCAGGUCUUCAACGAUAUGAUGCCUGUCAGUAAAAUGGCUCCAAACAGCCCGUAUUUAGUAUUCAUCCCUCUUGAGAUGGUCCACUACUAUUCCGACUGCAUGCGCAAUAUUAUGGUCUGUAUUGCCAUUGGUCACGCCAUCCACCGUCUCCCACGGCCAUCCAAUAACUGCGCACUCACAUAUGCCUGGUCACGUCUCUACCACUACCGAGGCCUAGCAAUCCAAGAAUUGAGCCAGGCAAUCGGCAAUGAAACGAAACGGACUAAGUUGCAAACCUUUGGUGGAAUUUUCAUGCUCAUGGUUGCAGAGUUACGGCAUUUGUCUUCAGAUUGGCGACAUCAUUUUGAAGGAACGAUGCAGUUGAUACAGAUUCGUGGUGGGCUGCGGAGGUUCCUCGACGAUGCGCCCACCAUGAAGUGGUGCGUUCUUUACUUCAUAAUUGUCGCCGUUCUCGGAAACACGACAAGCCCGUCUUCAGACCAAAUCCCGACAUCAAUACGUGGGUUCGUCGAACUGAUAGCUGAGUUGUACCCGGAAGGAUUCUAUCCAACCGUCCUCUGUCCCCCUCCUUUAUUCCUCCACAUCAUCGCCAUCAGCCAUCUCCGAGACGAAGCUUCGACCGCAUUGUUCAUUGACAAAUCCAUGCAAUCCGCAGCCGAAGAACUUCUAAGACAAAUCAACACCUUCUCUCCAGAAGAAUAUGCCGCCACCCAAGACUUCGGGCAGGAAGAGUGGCUUCUUUUAUCCCGCAUCUAUCAGUCUGCAGUAGCGUUAUACUGUAUUUCAUCACUCCAAAGUCUCUUCGUCCUUCCCUUCACCCCCCAAUUACGAAUCGCACGGACUGCACAUAAGACCUCCCUCUUCACCCUUCUCAAGAAGGCAAUGGCGUCUCCAGUGACGAAAAUAUGUAUGCUAUGGCCGUUAAUCGUGGCAGGGGUAGAAGCCAGAGAUGCUAGUCUAGAUGUAAAGUUGUGUAUAGGCCAUGGAUUAGAGGAAAUGAGUUGGCAGCAGGGAACUACGAUGCCGUUGUAUGGCCUUCAGGUUUUAAAGAAUUUCUGGGACAGUGGGAAAACGGAAUGGGACGAGUGUUUCCAUAAACCAUUUGCUUUCGUUAUAUAAGCGACUGGUGAGUUGCACCGCUGGCAAGCAUAGGUGGCUGAUGUUUCCUUUCCUUCAGGUGCGUAGUACGUCACCAAACCCUCUCAAUUAAACUCAUUAUUCUCUGUUUGUGAUGGCUUAACACGCCUGAUUGGCUAUAAACGACCUCCGAACGCGUCUUGUUGUCCCCCUACGAUAGCCUAGAAGAGCAAUGGAAAGAUCAUCACUGUCAAUUCUGG